GAAUAGUCUUCCUAGGAAUCUCAGUAGACUUUAUAGACUUUAAAACAGUCGUUCCUUCUAAUAACAGUCGACGUACUCUCGGGACUGCGAUAUUGAUAUUGUGCACGACUAGCGUAUCGCAUGAUCAAGAUACGGUGGUAAAUUUCACUGAUAUACCCCAGCAGGUUCACCUGCAAAUACACACUAUACACCAUGUCACGAACAGGCUACGAACGCCUGCCUAUGCAUACAAUGCCCGAAUCAGGGUCUCCGCGCCCCCGUUCUCGUUCCCGUUCUCGUUCCCGUUCUCGUUCACGCACACUUGGUACCCCUAUACUCGCCCGUCCGUGGACACUCUUCAAGCUCUUGAAACUCGCUCUCGUACUUUCCAUAAUCGCCAUAAUAUAUAUAUUAUUCACCUACGAGCCGCACAUCGAAAUCACCUUCUACCCGCGCGAGUGGAUAAACCGCGAGAUCGAACCCGUAGAACCGCUGGCUGGGUGUUUUGAGGCAGGAAGGAUCAGUGCAGAAUAUGAUGUCUCUAGGCAUUUGGAAGGACCGAAGGAAGUGGAGGUACAUGCUGGGAUGGGGAUGAGACUUGGGAUGGAUUGUUAUGAGUUUGCUGCGACAAUUCCGCGAUCGAUUAAUGGCACGGGGGUCAACAGGCCUUACUUAGCUCCGGAUGAGAGGACACAGUACCAUACGUACUGGCGCGUCGACCUUGCGCCUUUCUCAGAGCGGCAGGAAUGGAUGCUCAAAUCCUUUUUUGCGACACAGGAUCAUGCGGCCUCGAGACUCGUAAUGUGGUCGAACGGGGACCUGUCGACGAAUCCUAUACUCGCAUUGUACGCCGACAUGCAUCCGAAUUCGUUCGAGAUGCGUGUGGUGGAUAUCCCGAAUCUUGCGAGUGGGACUGCGUUGGACGGGAGUCCGUUGCUGAAGUCAAAUGACAAGAAAGCGUGGACGGACGGUGAUCUCGUCAGAUUGUUGGUCAUAUGGAAUUAUGGGGGCGUCUGGAUUGACAUGGAUUCACUAUUGACGCGAGACCUUUCUCCUCUACUCGAGCAUGAGUUCGUCACUCAGUGGGAUUGCUACGCAUUCCACAUCAUGGCGACUUCGGCACCUCCUCGUGCUGGUUCUACAGACUGGGGCGCACUACUUUACCUCAAGCUCUGGCGCCGUCUUCUGGGUGCUCAUAUCCCGCCUUUCAAAGUCCUUCCAUUUUGUUUCUCGGAUGCCCGAUCCUGCAGAUUGGAUAACAGGCUACCUGAUCCGUUUGUUGAGGACCAUGGUAAGGAGGCGCGGUGGUGGAGUAAUAGACAGGGCGGGCUGCAGGAGGGCGGAAAGCUAGAUGAUGCACUUGAGAACAAGACGUUCCCGGAAGGGGGUUGGGUGGAAAGGUUACUUCUCAAUAGGUAUGAGAAGAAGCUUGCGGAGAGGGAGGGCGGUGAGGACUUGUAGAUCAUGAUUUAUAUUAUUGACAUUAUUCCUUGACGAUAAUUGCUAGACUUACCACUGGACGAGGUUACAGCCUACCCUGGCGCAGACAACCCGAUUUGUGUAAUUAUCAGUUCGCAGACUUCAUGGGCACCAGGCGAGGUGACCAAAUUAUACCUUCUUCAGCGGAAGACAUCUCGAGCAUCAAC